CCGGAGGGCCGGCGGGGCGCGGGCGGUGCCAGCGGCGGUGGCAGCGGGCAGGGCCGGGCCGGGCACAGGCAGAGCCGCGCUCCCCGCGCCGCCCGGGCCGCGCCGCCGCUCCCCGGGCCGGGCCGGGCCGGGCCGGGCCGGGCGGGGUCACCUUCAUGGGCGGGCGGCAGCUGCGCGGGGCCUGCUGAGGCGGCGGAGGCGGAGCGGCGGGAGCGGGAGCGAUGUUCGUGCAGGAGGAGAAGAUCUUUGCGGGCAAGGUGCUGAGGCUCCAUGUGUGCACCAUGGAGGGCGCCGAGUGGCUGGAGGAGGUGCCCGAGGACACCACGGUGGAGAAGCUCAAGGAGCGGUGCCUGAAGCACUGUCUUCCUGGGAGCUUGGAGGAUCCCAAAACUGUGACACAUCAUAAGCUGAUCCAUGCUACUUCUGAGAAGGUGCUGACAGACACAAAAACAGUGUUGGAGGAGAAUAUUCAGGACAGAGAUGUGUUGCUGCUGGUCAAGAAGCGUGCGCCGGCGCUGCUGCCCAAGAUGGCAGAUGUGGUUGCAGAGGAGAAGAGGAAGCAGGAGCAGAAAGCUCCUGACAAGGAUGCCAUCCUCAAAGCCACUGCCAACCUGCCCGCCCGCAGCGUGGACCGCACCGUGAGCCACCACAGCAUGAGGGACUUUCCUUUCUUGCAGUUCCAGACAGAGCUCCGGAAGAUCUUAGUGUCUCUCAUAGAAGUUGCACAGAAAUUGCUAGCACUGAACCCUGAUGCAGUUGAACUAUUUAAGAAGGCAAAUGCCAUGCUGGAUGAGGAUGAGGAGGACAGGGUGGACGAGAUCGCGCUGCGCCAGCUCACCGAGAUGGGCUUCCCAGAGAGCAGAGCUGUCAAAGCCCUCAGGCUGAACCACAUGUCAGUGACCCAGGCCAUGGAGUGGUUGAUAGAACAUGCUGAUGACCCUGCUGUGGAUGCUCCUCUGCCAGGUCAGGCUCCUGCAGAAGCCCCAGCUGAAGGUGCUGCCUCCUGUGCUGAGGCAGCUGCAGCUCCCAGCUCGGAGGAGGGCGGGGAGGAGGCCAAGGAUGAGCUGACGGAAAUCUUCAAGAAGAUCCGGAGGAAAAGAGAGUUUCGUCCAGACCCACGGGCUGUCAUUGCCCUGAUGGAGAUGGGGUUUGAUGAAAAGGAAGUGGUGGAUGCACUCAGAGUGAACAACAACCAGCAAAAUGCAGCUUGUGAGUGGCUGCUGGGAGACAGAAAACCUUCUCCAGAGGACUUAGAUAAGGGCAUUGACACCAACAGCCCUCUCUUCCAAGCCAUCUUAGAAAACCCAGUGGUACAAUUAGGGCUCACCAACCCUAAAACUCUACUAGCCUUUGAGGACAUGCUUGAAAACCCCUUGAACAGCACUCAGUGGAUGAACGAUCCCGAGACGGGGCCGGUGAUGUUACAGAUCUCCCGAAUCUUCCAGACACUGAAUCGCACGUAGAGGGAACUGCCAGGGCACUGUGCCACCUCCCCCUGGGCCUCACUCCCCUCCUGCACCAGGGGAAGGUGCCUGGAUGGUUGGGAAGGGGUGGAUGGAAGGGAGGGAGGGAGGGAAAGGGGGAGAUCCUGGCUGGAGGGGUCUCUCACAGCAGAGCUUUCGUAGUUACAGCCAACAGGAGUGAGUUGCCUUGUGGAUUUAGUGUUAGUGGAAGAGGUUUGAGGAUUUGUUGAUGUUUUCAGGUAUUAGGUUUAAAAUAAAGUAUAUCUAUUAAAAAAAAAAAAUAGGAAAAAGGUUUUGUGAAAACAUUUAAGAAUCUGAUUGUUGGCAAGAAAUAUUGCUCGUUCAAAAGGCCUGUGACAGUUUUCUGGCCAGUGUUGCUAGGAUCUGGCUAGUGUUUACAAAAGGUCACUGACCACUAGCAUAGGAUAUUAAUCAUCUCCAUACAGUAUUAAUUUAUGGCUCUUAUCAAAUUGCAAAACUGCUUUUUUAAAAAAAAAAAUAAAAUUGAUUCUUAAGAAAUGUUUUUUAAAAAAGCCCAAAUCUUGGGUGAGCAAGCACAUUUCUAUCCAAGCUUGUUUAUCUGGCAUUCUAAUUUAAGCAGAAUCAUUCAGAGAUGGAAUUCUAAUAAAUAGCAUUACUUUUUCCUAUUUAUUUGCUGCAUUAGUGUUGUUGCAGUCCCACUGGGGUUGUAUUUGAAGGAGGUUCUUUGUCAGGUACCAUCAAGGUACAGGAUCUCUCUCACCACAGAAUUCACCAGUCAAGACUUGGAUUGAUUCCCAAGUGGCUGCAAUUCCUAAGCUCACACUCUACCAUAUCCCAUUGCAAGGAAGGAUAUGUUCACACAGUGUUUUUUCUUCCCAUUUUUAUGUGCACAGUUUUGGCAAGGGGCUUGUGGGAGUUUUAUUCUGUUUACAAAAAAAAAAAAAAAAAGCAGCUGACUUGCAUGGGGGGGUUGCUGGUGUUCUGUAAAGUAACAGAACCACACAGGUUUUUAUCUUGUUUAAGGUAUUUAAAGCACGUUUGAAAUUGAUAUCUUUGAGUUAGAAGUGGGUUUUCUUUAGACUUAUUUUUACCAUGAUCAUACCAAGAAUGUCAGCCUGGGUCUUUCCUAUUUUGCCAGAAGACUGACUUGAGAUUUCAGAGAGGAAUUCUGAGCUAUUAAGAACAGAACUCACUGUGAAUAUCCAGCUGGUGUUUAUGCCUGGGCUCUGCAGGUGUUACUUUUUUAGCAGCCUGCUAAAAAAGGGGGGUUAUUUUCAACUUAGUGAGACAUGACUGACAUCUGUCACCAUCCCUGCCAUGCCUUCACAGCCCUGCAGGAAAGGCAGAAGAGGCAAAUCUUGCAGAGAAACCAGGAGGAGACCCUGUCCUUAAUCAGCACAAAGGUGUCCUGUCCAACAGGGAGAUCCUGAGCACUCUGCAAGAGGUGUGGGAGGGAUUUCUGUGCACUUGGAGAUUUUUAAAAAAAAAAUGCAGCAAGAUGCAACCUGAAACCCUCCAACAAGUUUUGGCCUGAACUUGGCAUCUGCUCUGUGCUGUUAUGCAGCUGAGGCACUGAAGUUGCCAAUUUCUCAUAAUUAAUAUGAAGGGUGGAGAAAUCAAAACAGCCUGAGAUUUUAUCUUGUCUUACUAUCCCAGGAUUUUUUUUUAAUUUUGUAAUUUCAUAUUAAGCUUUACAGUUGAUGACUGCUGAAAUAUUUACUUCUACAUUUAGAAAUUCCAAGCUUUAUAGAGAUGCUUCUUCUGUUCAAAUUGGACAGUAAAACCAUUUUUGUGGGCUCUUGCUAAGAAUAGACUGACAACAUAAAAUUAUAACCCUGUCCUGUAACUGAAGCCAGGAGCCUGAUCCUGCACCCCAGUGAGCUACUCAUGAGUAGCUGUGACUGAAUAUUGUGGUCUUAUGAAAAGUUUUGAUUAUUUAAUCCAAUUUUUUUUUUUGCUUACUCCUGGAGCUUUAUGCCUGUAAUAAUACCAGAAGACUCUUUUACUUGAAAAGAGAAAUGUCCUUCUCUACAGUCAGGAUUCUGGUUAAUAUUCCUUUUAAUGAGUGUUUUUAGAGAACAAGGUUGGGGAAAACUACCCUGUAGUUUUGUGGGAGGUUUUUUGGCUUCUGAGUGAAUAAGGAGAGGUUCAGACUUAGCAAACAGAUCCUUUGGUGCAGUUGUGGCCCUUGAAGAAUGUAAAGGCUUGGGAAAUGUUGGGUUUGAUUUCAGGGGUCCAUGGUUGGAGUGUGGAGCUCAGAGGGAUAAAAGUGCUCAGGGCUGCCUCCCUUGGAAUGCCAGCACCCCUCAGAGCCACUGAACUGGUAAAAAUGUG